AUGGCAUCAAGAAAAAAGGUACUUUUGAAGGUUAUCAUCCUGGGCGAUAGUGGCGUUGGUAAAACUUCGCUCAUGAAUCAAUUUGUCAACAAGAAAUUUUCCAAUCAGUACAAGGCAACAAUAGGCGCAGAUUUUCUUACGAAAGAGGUAAUUGUCGAUGAUAGGAUUGUAACAAUGCAAAUUUGGGACACUGCUGGUCAAGAGCGUUUUCAAUCAUUAGGGGUGGCAUUUUAUCGCGGGGCGGAUUGUUGCGUUUUGGUGUUUGACGUAACGGCCCCUAAUACCUUCAAGUCCUUGGAGAGUUGGCGAGAUGAGUUUUUGAUACAAGCGUCACCUCGGGACCCAGAUAAUUUCCCAUUUGUCAUUCUCGGUAACAAAGUGGAUUUAGAAAACCGCGCAGUUUCAGCUAAACGUGCACAGCAGUGGUGUCAAAGUAAAAAUGAUAUCCCUUACUUUGAAACAAGUGCCAAAGAAGCUGUUAAUGUAGAACUAGCGUUCCAGACUAUUGCCCGUAACGCAUUGGCACAAGAAACAGAAGCAGAGUUGUACAAUGAGUUCCCAGAUCAAAUUAAGCUGAAUGCUAAUGACAAUGGCCGUAACAGAGAUGGAGACAACUGUGCUUGCUAG